AUAAUAAAGAAUUCGUCUACUUAUUAAAGCCAUAGAGAUCAGUACAAUGAGUGUAUAAUAGAAGAGUAGACAUGAAGUGUAUAGUGUGUGUUUACAGAGGUGGGUUUGAGGGAGGAGCUCCAGUGGCUUUGCUGGAAAGCACGUGACUGAACGCGGAACUUCAGUAAAAGCCUAAAGCCUCGGAAAUGUCACAUUAACCAGCUGCUGGUUUAAUAACUAUCUCUAAUCCGUCGCGCGAGUUAAUUACACAAAGCACUGUCACGAUGGCGAGCGCUCCUCCUAUGGAGUCCUCUGUGCCAGUGGGCUUUGCAGCUCCACCGUCUUAUGAUGAAGCUAUGGGCGCAGGAGGCCAUUACCCACAAGGCUCUGCGGUUCCUCCUGUUCUGGGCCAGAAGGCCGCAGCUCCUUAUCCAGCACAGCCUUAUUCACAAAUGUAUCCACCCCUUCAACCUGUAGCCCCUGUGGCAAGCCCACCCGUGGUUUCAGUGCAGACGGUGUACGUGCAGCCGGCUGCGUUUGGAGACGUUCCAGCGCAGACGUGUUGCCCGGUGUGCUCUCAGAUUGUGGUAACUCGACUGGAGCACAAUUCAGGCACCAUGGCCUGGCUGGUCUGUGCGGGCCUGUGCAUUAUCGGCUGUAUGUACGGGUGUUGCCUGAUCCCCUUCUGCGUGGACGGCUUAAAGGAUGUGACGCACUUUUGUCCCAACUGCAACAAUGCUAUCGGCUCGUUCAAGCGGCUCUGAUGUGGUAACAGGAACUGAGCACAUAUCCACUGUACCUUUUGUACUUUCAACAUUCCUAGUGUUCCUCGUUACUGUAAAUGUAUUAACUUCCUUCAUAAUUCUACUUAAUUCUGCCAUCUAAAAUAUGAAUAAGAAUCAUGAUUGAAUCCAUAUCUUCUACUUUCUUUGGACUGUAUACCUUUACAAUAAUACAAAAUGCUACACUAUUUAAAAAAAAAAGAUUAUAUGUAAAGAUUUACUCCGUGUGUAGAACCUUAGCGUAAGCUAAAAUAUUGUUCAAGCCAUUAUUUGUUUAAAAACUAAUGUUUGUCACUAGAAAACAACUAAUGUUUAAUGCACCCGAGCUAUAGUUAGCUUAGUUUUCAUAUCAGCGUCACCAAUGUGGACCGUUCCGUCCUGCCAAAAAAGAAUAAAUUUCAGAAGUGCCUUAUCAGCUUCUCUUGUAUUGUAAAAGUAACGAUAAAUCCACAUCUCACAGCACUUCUAUUUAGAGCUUUUAUUUUUCUCUUUUGUUCACUCCCCUCUUAUAAAAAAAAAGUAUCGUUUUGGCACAUUGUUACACAGUAUUUUUACUCAGUCUCAAAGUUUUAUAUGUACCUUUUAUUGUCAGUAUAUAAAAUAAAUAAUGUCACACACAAGAUUAAUAAACAAAUAAACAAAAAAACA